CCACCGCCAGGUUAUCAAACCAGAGAGAGUUUGAGGGAGAGAGAGAGAUGGUGUCGCUCAAACUUCAGAAGCGGCUCGCCGCCAGCGUACUCAAGUGUGGUCGUGGCAAGGUCUGGCUUGACCCUAAUGAGUGCAAUGAAAUCUCCAUGGCUAAUUCACGCCAAAACAUCAGGAAGUUGGUUAAGGAUGGCUUCAUUAUCAGGAAGCCAACUAAGAUUCACUCCCGCUCCCGUGCUAGGCGCAUGAAGGAGGCCAAGAGGAAGGGACGUCAUUCUGGAUAUGGAAAGAGAAAGGGUACAAGAGAGGCUAGGCUCCCCACCAAAAUCCUUUGGAUGAGGAGAAUGCGUGUCCUCAGGCGUUUGCUUCGCAAGUACCGAGAGGCAAAGAAGAUUGACAAACAUAUGUAUCAUGAUAUGUACAUGAAGGUGAAGGGAAAUGUCUUCAAGAACAAGAGAGUCCUUAUGGAGAGUAUUCACAAAUCCAAGGCUGAGAAGGCUAGGGAGAAGACAUUAUCUGAUCAGUUUGAGGCCAAGAGGGCGAAGAAUAAGGCUAGCAGGGAAAGGAAGCAUGCCCGGAGAGAAGAGCGCUUUGCUCAAGGUCCAGGAGAGAAGGUUCCUGCAGCUGCAGCACCAGCCGCAUCAGCUGCAACAGCAACCCAGGCCCAACCAUCAAAGAAAUCCAAGAAGUAAAUCAAGUAUCCAGAGGUCGAGUAUUUUAAUUUUAUAGCAUAAGUUUUAUCCUAAAUUUCAGCUGUACAAGUACAAUUUUGUAUUGGGUUUAUAUUUUGCUGCCAUUUUGGUAUGGAAAUGCACUUUGUUGAGAAAUACUAUUGUUAUUUUAUAUUCCAAUUAUGAAAUUCCUUGCUUCUAAA